AUGUUGAGCAAUUGUAUGAGAAACGCUAGACGCAUGUUAAGCCAAGGAGCCCGGUUGCAUCGACGUCUUAUACCUGAACCCGUCGUGAAAAAAGAAAUUUUUAUCGUUCAAAAUUCCGAAGACUUUGAACAAAAGGUGAAACGAAGCGAUAAAAUGGUUAUAGUCGAUUUUUUCGCAAAUUGGUGCAAUCCGUGUAAGAAGCUGACGCCACGUUUAGAGUCAAUUAUUGGUGAAAAAGCGGGUACCGUCAAAUUGGCCAAAGUCGAUAUCGAUGAGAAUAUAGAUUUAGCGUUAGAUUAUGACGUGGGAGCAAUACCGGUACUUAUGGCUAUGAAAGGUGGAAAAGUCGUUAAUCGUAUGGUCGGCUUACAAGACACCGAUAAGCUACGCGCAUGGAUCGAUAAAACUGUUGCAGAAAACAAGUAA